AUGCCUCUCCCUGUGUCCGAUGAGGAUGCCGCAACGCUUCCACCCCAAGAGCAAUCAUCUCCCUUCUGGAAACGUUUGAGCGCCCGUCUUAGUGGUGCCUUCAGCGGUGCAGACCCUCGAGUCUGUGUUGCUUUCUGGCUCUUCGGCCUUAUCAACAAUGUCCUAUAUGUGAUCAUCCUCUCCGCAGCUGUAGAUUUAGUCGGACCCGAUGUACCUAAAGGCGUCGUUCUCCUCGCAGACGUGAUCCCGUCAUUUGCGACCAAACUCGUCGCCCCAUACUUCAUCCACCUGGUCCCAUAUUCGAUCCGCGUCCUCGUCUUCGCCUUCCUGUCAACUGUGGGCAUGCUGGUCGUGGCUAUGAGCCCAGGCUAUACCGAUGGGGGAACGAUAUCGUCCAAGAUUGCUGGAAUCAUCCUGGCUAGCCUUUCUUGCGGUGCUGGGGAGCUGAGCUUUGUGGGUCUCACGCACUUUUAUGGCCCGUUCAGCCUGGCGGCGUGGGGGAGUGGCACUGGUGCCGCUGGGCUGGUCGGGGCUGGUGCUUAUGCCGUUGCAACUUCGGCGCUGGGUUUCUCCGUUCAUGUCACAUUGUUGGUUUCGGCCUGCUUACCAGCCAUCAUGGGUUUGAGCUUCUUUGUCGUGCUACCCAGGUCCCCCCUAAGAUCUGCUGAAUCCGACGCUGAUAGUUAUCGCGCCGUUGAGGGUGGGGGCCCGGUGGAGGAAGAUGAAGUGGACGAUGGCGCUGGUGGAGAAGACGAGGGGCUCUUGGGAGUGUCGCACAACUCCCCCGCCCACAAGUCCAUCCAUGUCAAUCAAGGUGGUUCCUGGCAGGACCAGACACGCAUGAAUCUACGUCGUAUCAAGGGACUGUUCAUUCCCUUCAUGAUCCCGAUGCUACUGGUAUAUAUCGCCGAGUACGUGAUCAACCAAGGUGUGGCUCCAACUCUGCUAUUUCCUCUGCGUGAAUCGCCCUUCGACCACUUCCGCUCGUUCUACCCCACCUAUAAUGCCAUAUACCAAGUUGGCGUCUUCAUAUCCCGCUCCUCGACCCCAUUCUUCCGCAUCCACAAGUUGUACCUGCCAUCACUCCUGCAGGUGGUCAACCUUGUGUUGCUAACCCUCCAUGCUAUGUUUGAUUUUAUCCCCACUGUAUGGCUUGUGUUUAUCAUUGUUUUCUGGGAGGGCCUUCUCGGUGGUGUGGUAUAUGUCAAUACCUUUGCUGAGAUUGCCGAACGUGUGCCUAAGGAGGACCGUGAAUUCUCAUUAGGAGCUACCACUGUCAGCGACUCCGGCGGUAUCUGCAUUGCGGGCUUUCUCAGUAUGGGAUGGGAGGUCUGGUUGUGCAGUUGGCAGGUUAGCCACGGGCGUGAUUAUUGCCGACGAAAGAUGUAG